AUGCAGGAAGACAUCGCAAUUCUGGAGUCCGUGGCGGAUGCGCUCGGUGCCAGCACUACCCAGCUCCACGCCGGGCAGCCGCCGCCGAUUCCCUCGCGAACGACCUCGUCGUCCUCCAGAAGGGGGUUUCAAGAGAUGAUCGUCUCGUCCCCACCUCGGGGAAGUACAAGCUCUACCGGUACGACGUCAGCGGCUGCUGCUGCACUCCUGGCUGCAAACAGUGCAGCAACCUCUAUGGCGAUCACGACGGAAGAUCAAGUGCUCGCGUCGAUAGCAGACAGGCAGCGGCAAUACAACGCGUCAAUGAUGGCAGGAGGUGGGACAGCAACUACGGGGGCGGGGGCGGCCUCCAGUAGUUCUAGUAGAGGCGGAGGUCCUGGGCAAGGAAAAGGGUCUCGAGCAGUAGCAGGUGGUUCUACAACAGGUGGUGCAACAGGAACAGCUGGAGCCAGUUCUGCAAGUACAGUGGUCCUACCACCUGGAGGCACCAGUACUAGCGGCACGACUGCUUCUAACAUCCCCGGUAGCCCCACCACCUCCGCUCUCCAGUCCGCGGAGAUUCUCCGCACGGAGCUGGGUAUGGCGAUGAACCACAUGUACACCUGUGAGUCGCUGAUCGCCGCGACGCAUUCGCGGCGCCGGAUGGAGGUCUUGCGGGCCAACGUGGAGAGCAGGUCUUUGGACUGCGCCAAGAUCGCCUCGGAGAUCACGGAGCUGCGACAGAAACUGUCGCAAAUGAAAUGCAGUCAGCACGAGCUCGCGCAGCGACCGACGCCAGACUUGAAAACGUACCGGGAGUGGCUGCAGUGGCAGAUUUCGCGCAUACGGGAAAUACUGGAUACGAGAUCCACGAAUCUGGAGGAGCAAAGUCUGUGUUGCAUCUGUUUCGAACGGGACCGGAGCGUGCUGCUUCGGCCUUGUAGCCACUUAGCGUUAUGUGGGGUUUGCUCGGGGAAAGUGGAUACUUGCCCGAUCUGUCGGUCCCGGAUCAUGUCCAGGAUUCAAGUGAAAAUAAGCUGAGAUGAACGAUUUUAUUUUGCACCUGCAUUCUGAUCAUGGCGAUUCGCAGAAUCUUAGUACGCUUUGAUGUCAAAGAUGGCGCUAAAAAAGAC